CUCAACGCUCGUUGAGGUGGACGCGCAUGGGCGCGUGGCCGCGCACGUUCGGUUGUAAUAGUCUAAACGGGCACGUGUACGUGCGCGUACUCGUGUUCUUUGUGUGGCAGUGUAGAGAAGCGCCAAAAGAGUGACCAUGGCUGAUGAAAAACCAAAGGAAUCAGUGAAGACAGAAAACAAUGAACACAUAAACCUGAAGGUAGCGGGUCAGGAUGGAUCUGUAGUGCAGUUCAAGAUCAAAAGACACACACCGCUCAUCAAACUCAUGAAGGCCUACUGCGAGAGACAGGGACUGUCAAUGAGGCAAAUCAGGUUCAGAUUUGACGGGCAGCCAAUAAACGAGACAGACACACCAGCACAGUUGGAAAUGGAAGAUGAAGACACGAUCGAUGUGUUUCAACAACAGACGGGCGGACAGAUUUAAUCGGCCACGUGCAUCACCACUUUCUUCCUGGACACCACCAACUUUCCUGGCCUCCGAGGCACACAGCGCCUGCUUCUUCGCAGCUCGUCUCAACAGAAUUCCACGCAGAAGAAGUUUCCCGUUUCUCUGCUACACAUAACUGCUGUAUAUUUUCAUUCGCGCCCCUUUUACUCUUCUUUGUACAUAAGCCACAUCCACGUCACCCUGAGUUCAGAUUUUGUUUUUCCAUGCUGUAUUGUGAUAAGUGUUAAGGACUUCCCUUCCAGACUGUUAAUACUGGUGAUAGAGUGAGCAUUAAGUAAAACUGACUUUAUUGAUCAAAAUUUGCUCAGCUAAUCUUGGUCGUUGGCCAGCAAAUCUGUUCUUAAAGUGUACAAUUUUUGGGACUGGCUGUCACUUAGUGAACCAUAUGCCAAGUAUGGGGAUCACGGGAUAUGCUGACAUUUGGGUUCUGUCAUAUUCACAAAACAUAUUUGAUUUUAUACAUUUUUUUUUAAAUAGUACUGGAUGUGUAGAGGAAUGUUCUGAGAAAUCGUUUUUGCUAGGCCACUUCAAAUUUUGGGAAGCCCUAAGAGAUGUUUCAGCAAAAUAAACAUCUGUAUUGUCUAUUAAGAUGCUUGUUGAAAUAAAGCUAUUGUCUUUUUCCAAACUUUCA